GACUCGACGUCCACAUCUCCCCACAUCUCCCUCAGGCCUUCUGCAUCUUUCCCGCCAUUUGCCUGCCGCCCCCCACGAGUCCCGCCCACGUCCAAAGUUGACAUACAGGCGUUUUCAGCAUGGUUGACUGGCAAUCCCCUACAGAAAUUGCGAAAGAUGCCAUGGCAUUCGAUAGGUUGAUGCACGCCCUGCUCGGGUUGUACAUCUGGGAGUUCGUGACGUCCCUCGGCUUCGACUGGGAAUUCAUCACCCGCAAAAAGAAAUUCAGAUGGCCAAUGAUAUUCUACUUCGCUGGUCGCUACUUCCUCAUGUUUGCGCUGAUAGGCAUUGCAAUCGCAUUGAACGUUACACAACCUGUAGACUGUCAGGCGCUGUACACGUACAACCAAGUAUUCGGUAAUGCUUCCAUAGGCCUCGCGAGUAUCAACUUGUCUCUCCGAACGAUGGCAGUCUGGUCGCAGUCCAAGUACAUCGUCAUUCCACUCGUUUGUAUCAUCAUCGGCCAUUGGUCACUACUCCUUCACGGUAUCCUUCUGAAAGCUCAAUGGGUCAAUGGUGCUUGCGUAAUUACCAACACGGAUAAUAAAAUUCUAGCAGCCAGCUUCAUCUAUUCCAUGGCGUUCGACUUUAUCGUUCUUGUCUUGACUGCAUUCAAGCUGGCGGUCCCGGCCAAGAGCGUCAAGCGUUCCAGGUUGAUGACUCUCAUCUUCGGCGACGGUUUGAUUUUCUUUAUCAUUGCCUUCUUGUCCAAUCUCCUAGCUACGAUCUUCAUGCUAGCGAACUUGAACGCGGUGAUGUCCAUCAUCGCCAAUGUACCCGCCGCCAUCGCCUCCACAACUGUCGCUUGCAGGGCUGUUCGUCGUCUUACAAACUACACCUCUCCCGGUGCCGAGGUCUUUGCAUCAACACAACAUUCGACUCUUGCUUUCAGUCGUCGACUGAACACUGCUCCCAACUUCUCUGUGUCCGAUAAGAAGCUUGACGGCGUACAUGUUCAGAUGGAGACUUUCGCUGAGAUCUCGGAUGGCGACCCAUCGGACAAGUCCUUCAUCCAGUACGACGCUGCAGGCAAGAUCGUUACUCCCGAUACGUUUGAUCCAGAAGCCCAAGCUAUCAGUAACGAGUUCAAGAAACCCGGAAACGAUUAUUUCUCUGCCGCCUGAACGGCAUAAAUAGUCUUCAAUGUUAUUGGCCUCUCUUAGUGGUCUGGACUCUUUCAUCAUUCUCGGUUCCUUCGGCAUCUUGUCAUGUUCGGCUUCCCCCAUCCGUGUACAACCAUCCACCAUCCGCUUUCGCGAUAUACUUCAAAACGCAUCUCUGGCUCCUGCAUUCGAUCUCGGCCCUGCCUCAUACAAACACUCUUUAUCCAUAAAUUCAUUCUCUCUCCUUCUCUCUCGGUGUUUCCUCCUUCUUUCAUCCCUCUGUCCUUUGCAUUUUGUCUCGUCGUCGCAAGACCCAAUAUCGCAUUUGUCGUCGCUUUCGCAACUCUCCUAGAUUCUCAUUCAUCUGUUGUGUCCCGUGUCUCGCUCGUUAUCCUGUUUUCAGUCGUUUGUUGUGUUUGCUGCUUCCUGCAUCUUGGUGCGCUACAUGUUCUGACUGGUGGAUGGGGCUUUCUCACCCUCUUCUCCUACCGUC